UUAGCAUGUAGGGAGGAGUCUGGAUGUGAAAAAUAAUCCUUGUUUUUACGCGGGAGGUGAAAGGUCAAAAACAAAAUGGCCGAACACCGAUGAGGGACAGAUGCUGAGGAUUAAACAGAUUUUGUAAAACGUCGUAAAGUGGUGUGAUGUUUAGAUUAAACCGAUCACUGAACGAUACUGUGUCCUGUCCGUUAAUGUCCACGGACGUUUUUAAACAUGUUUAACGGUAACGGCGGCGGAGGACCACCGGACGAGGGAAGCCAGAGCGGCUAGCGUCCAGCUGCUAGCUUAAUUUAUGUCCAAACUUCAUUUAACCUUUUAGAGAACGGACUUGUGACGUUUCUCCUAGACCUGGAGUGUCCGGGCGUGUCGCUGCGGCACGUGCACGACGUGUGUGUGUUCUGCGUUAGCGCUCGGCUCGGCUAGCUGCAGUCAGGACCCAACAACCGGCAGCAGGAUGAACAGGAAGAAGGAUAAAGGUUUCGAGAGCCCGCGACCCUUUAAACUGACCCAGCAGGUGGUGUGUAUCAACAACAUCAACUUUCAAAGGAAGUCUGUCAUAGGCUACGUGGAGCUCACCAUCAUCCCCACGGUGGUCAACCUGAACAGGAUCAAGCUAAACAGUAAACAGUGUCGCAUCUACAGGGUCCGUGUCAACGAGCUGGAAGCCCCGUUCAUUUACAACGACCCUACGCUGGAGGUGUGCCACAGUGAAUCCAAGCAGAGGAACCUGAACUACUUCUCCAGCGCCUACACAGCAGCAGUCAGUGCUGUGGAUCCGGAUGCUGGGAACGGGGAACUGGUCAUCAAAGUUCCCUCUGAGAUCUGGAAACAAGGAGAUGAUGGGAAAGUGCUGAAGGUGUACAUCGAGUUCUCACUGGACCAGCCCAAAGGAGGCCUUCACUUUGUGGUUCCGGACGUAGAAGGCAGUAUGGCAGAGAGGGGGGCCCAUGUGUUCUCCUUUGGAUACCAGAACUCUUCCAGGUUCUGGUUCCCCUGUGUGGACUCGUACUCAGAGCUGUGCACCUGGAAGCUGGAGUUCACCGUAGACGCAUCCAUGGUGGCGGUGUCCUGCGGAGACCUGCUGGAGACCAUCUACACGCAUGAUAUGAGGAAGAAAACCUUCCACUAUGUGCUUCCCAUUCCCACCGCAGCUCCCAACAUCUCCCUCGCCGUGGGACCGUUUGAGAUCCUCGUGGACCCGUACAUGCACGAGGUGACCCAUUUCUGCCUGCCCCAGCUGCUGCCUCUGCUCAAACACUCCAUGUCCUACCUGCAUGAGAUCUUUGAGUUCUACGAAGAGAUCCUGACUUGCCGCUACCCUUACUCGUGUUUCAAGACGGUGUUUGUGGACGAGGCCUACGUUCAGGUGUCCACCUACGCUUCUAUGAGCAUCUUCAGCACCAACCUGCUGCACAGCCCGAUGAUCAUCGACCAGACCCCAGAGACGCGGCGCUGCCUGGCUCAGGCUCUGGCUCAGCAGUUCUUUGGCUGUUUCAUCUCCAGAAUGUCUUGGGCCGAUGAGUGGGUGCUGAAGGGGAUCUCAGGCUACAUCUAUGGUCUCUACCUGAAGAAGACCUUCGGGGUCAACGAGUACCGGCACUGGAUCAAAGAGGAGCUGGACAGGAUCGUCGAGUAUGAGCUGAAGAUGGGAGGAGUUCUGCUGCACCCCACCUUCAGCGGAGGCAAAGAAAAGGACAAUCCAACCCCCCACCUUCACUUUUCCAUCAAGCACCCUCACACCCUGUCCUGGGAGUACUACAAGAUGUUCCAGUGUAAGGCCCACCUGGUGAUGAGGCUGAUAGAAAACAGAAUCAGCAUGGAGUUCAUGCUGCAGGUUUUUAACAAGCUGCUGAGUCUGGCCAGCACCGCCUCGUCUCAGAAGUAUCAGAGCCACAUGUGGAGCCAGAUGCUGCUGUCCACUCACACGUUCCUUAAGUCCAUCUCCAACGUCUCCGGCAAAGACAUCGGCCCCCUCAUCAAACAGUGGGUAGACCAGAGCAGUGUGGUGAAGUUCUUUGGCAGCUUUGCCUUCAACAGGAAGAGGAAUGUGCUGGAGCUGGAGAUCCGUCAGGACUACACGUCAUCUGGAACUCAGAAAUAUGUGGGCCCCAUCAAGGUGACUGUACAGGAACUAGACGGCUCCUUCAACCACACGCUGCAGAUCGAGGAGAACAGCCUUAAACACGACAUCCCCUGCCACUCAAAGAGCAGAAGAAACAAGAAGAAGAAGAUUCCUCUGAUGAAUGGAGAAGAAGUUGACAUGGAUUUGUCUGCCAUGGACGCCGACUCUCCUCUGCUCUGGAUCCGAAUCGACCCGGACAUGUCCAUCCUGAGGAAGGUGGAGUUUGAGCAGGCUGACUUCAUGUGGCAGUAUCAGCUGCGGUAUGAGAGGGACGUGGUUGCACAGGAGGAAGCCAUUUCAGCUCUGGAGAAAUUCCCAACUCCUGCCUCCAGACUGGCUCUGACCGACAUCCUAGAGCAGGAACAGUGUUUCUACAAAGUCCGCAUGCAGGCCUGCUUCUGCUUGGCUAAGAUCGCUAAUUCCAUGGUGAGCACGUGGCAGGGUCCUCCAGCCAUGAAGUCUCUGUUCACCAGAAUGUUCUGCUGUAAGAGCUGCCCCAACAUCGUCAAGACCAACAAUUUCAUCAACUUCCAGAGUUACUUCUUGCAGAAGACAAUGCCUGUUGCCAUGGCGCUGCUCAGAGAUGUGCAGAACCUCUGUCCAAAAGAUGUCCUCAACUUUAUACUCGACCUCAUCAAAUAUAACGACAACCGCAAAAACAAAUUUUCAGAUAACUACUACCGGGCAGAGCUGAUUGAGGCCCUGACCAACUCUCUGACUCCAGCAAUCAGCAUCAAUAAUGAGGUGCGGACAGUGGACAAUUUAAACGCUGAUGUCCGUUUCAUCCUGGAGGAGAUCACGCGGUAUCUAAACAUGGAAAAACUGCUGCCAAGCUUCAGGAACACCAUUACUGUUAGUUGUCUGCGAGCUAUCCGUCAGCUGCAGAAGAACGGUCACAUCCCCAGUGACCCGUCUCUCUACAAGUCCUACUCCGAGUACGGACACUUUGUGGACGUCCGUGUUGCUGCGCUGGAAGCUCUAGUGGACUACACUAGAGUUGAAAGGAGCUCAUCAGAGUUGCAGUGGCUGUUCAACAUGGUCCUGAAUGACCCAGUUCAUUAUGUCAGACAUAAGAUCCUGUGCCUGCUCUGUAAGAAUCCACCGUUCACUAAGACAGCCGACUCCCCUCUGUGUAACGAGGCUCUGGUGGAUCAGCUGUGGAAGUUUAUGAACUCCGGAACGUCCCACGACUGGCGGCUGCGCUGCGACGCCGUGAACCUCUACUACACGCUGUUCGGUCUGACCCGGCCGUCCUGCCUGCCGCUGCCAGAGCUGGGCCUGGUGCUCAACCUGAAGGAGAAGAAAGCUGUCCUCAACCCCACCAUCAAGACCGAGCUCGGAGUCGGCGUCGUCAUGGAGACACCUGCCAGCAUCGGCAUCCACGGAGUGGGCAUGAGCUACUCAUCCGUGGACGAGGAGCCAGAUCCCAUUUCUCUGGGGGUGUGUGGGGUCGGCCAGCCCCCUCAGGGCCUGAAGAGGAAAGCAGAGACUCCACUGGGGUCUCCUCCAGAACCAGGACAAGUCCUCCAGCCGCAGGAUGAGGAUGGAAGAGGGAGCCGCUACAAGAUCAGGUUCAACACCAUGGAGGAUGAAGAUAUAGAUAUGGAGACUGUCCAUGACAGUCAGGCUUUCAUUCACCAACAUCUAACCCUAUUAGAGAGGCCCUCUACACCUGGUAAAGAGCCGCCGUUGGUGGAACAGGCGCUGCUCGCCAUGCCCGCCACUCCGGUUCUGCCCUUUUCCAAGGAGAUGGCGUCCUCGGCCUCCAAGCACGGCGGAGACCACGGCCACCACCACCACCACCACCACCACCACGAGCACAAGAAGAAGAAGAAAAAGCACAAGCACAAACACAAGCAUAAGCACAAGCAUGACAGUAAGGACAAGGACAACCCUCUUGUCUACAGCAACAGCCCAGCUAGCGGCAGGUCCCUGCGCUCGCCGUCUCUGUCCGACUGAACAUCUGGACAGGUUCAGCUUCCAGCUGCUGCCAGUUCAGAUCAGGCCAGCUGAGCACAUGUGUGAGACAGGUGCUGGUUUGAGUCCUUGGAGACGUGUGUCUGUCCACGUCUGAUGCAGCUGUAUCGUUUUCAUUCCUCAGAGACACUCUGGACAACACGGCCGUUGGUCCUUCAUCCUCGGAUCUACGUGUUCCUCAGCAGACAUGUCACCCAGACAUACUGUGCCUUCCUGCACCCCCCCAGAGACACUUCAGUCCCAGCAUCCGGCGGCUCUCAGGUCCAGGGCUCUGGAACGUCUGAACCCGUGUUUGUUGUAGUGUUGUAGCUCUUUCGUCUUCUGAUGUCUGAGUAGAUGGAGUCCAGAUCCACAGCAGCUACUAGAUGGUUUUAACAGAAGAGCGAGUCGGCACCAUUCAGUCCAUCCUUUAGAUAAGCAGAAGGUCCUGAGCCUUCCUUGAGUUGCUGCUGGACACAAAUCUGAGGGCCGUCACCAUCACCUGUAGCAACAUGAAGAAUUCAAAUAAAGCCUUUCUAACUGCUUGUUUUAAAAUGA